UUCCGGGUGGACCCGUUCACAGACUACGGCUCCUCGCUCACUGUCACGUUGCCGCCCGAGCUGCCGGCGCACCAGCCCUUCCAGGUCAUCCUGCGCUACACCUCCAUCGAUGCCCCCGCCAUCUGGUGGCUGGACCCGGAGCUGACCUACGGCCACGCCAAGCCCUUCGUAUUCACUCAGGGCCACUCCGUGUGUAAUCGCUCCUUCUUCCCCUGUUUCGACACACCCGCCGUCAAGUGCACCUACUCGGCUGUCGUCAAGGCUCCCUCGGGGGUGCAGGUGCUGAUGAGCGCCACCCGCACUGUGUACGUGGAGGAGGAGGGCGUGUAUCACUUCCACAUGGAGCACCCCGUGCCUGCCUACCUCGUGGCCCUCGUGGCCGGAGACCUCCAGCCUGCGGACAUCGGACCCAGGAGCCGUGUGUGGGCUGAGCCAUGCCUGCUGUCCACCGCCACCAGCAAGCUGUCAGGUGUGGUAGAGCAGUGGCUUAGUGCGGCUGAGAGGCUGUACGGGCCCUACAUGUGGGGCAGGUACGACAUAGUCUUCCUGCCGCCGUCUUUCCCCAUUGUGGCCAUGGAGAACCCUUGCCUCACCUUCAUCAUCUCCUCCAUCCUGGAGAGCGACGAGUUUCUGGUCAUUGACGUCAUCCACGAGGUGGCCCACAGCUGGUUUGGCAACGCCGUCACCAACGCCACCUGGGAGGAGAUGUGGCUGAGCGAGGGCCUGGCCACCUAUGCCCAGCGACGCAUCACUACAGAGACCUACGGUGCAGCCUUCACCUGCUUGGAGACAGCCUUCCGCUUGGAUGCCCUGCACCGGCAGAUGAAAGUGCUAGGGGAAGACAGUCCCGUCAGCAAGCUGCAGGCCAAGCUGGAGCCAGGAGUGAACCCCAGCCACCUGAUGAACCUGUUCACCUACGAGAAGGGUUACUGCUUCAUGCACUACCUGUCCCAGCUCUGCGGAGACCCCCAGCGCUUUGACGACUUUCUCCGUGCCUACGUGGAGAAGUUCAAGUUCAGCAGCGUGGUGGCCCAGGACCUGCUAGACUCCUUCCUCAGCUUCUUCCCUGAACUGAAGGAGCAGAGCGUGGACUGCCGGGCAGGGCUGGAGUUUGAACGCUGGCUCAAUGCCACGGGCCCUCCGCUGGCAGAGCCAGAUCUGUCUCAGGGCUUUAGUCUGACCCGGCCGGUGGAGGCCCUCUUCCAGCUGUGGACGGCAGAGCCCCUGGACCAGGUGGCCGCCUCGGCCAGUGCUGUCGACAUCUCUAAGUGGAGGACCUUCCAGACAGCAUUGUUCCUCGACCGGCUGUUGGACGGGUCCCCGCUGCCCCAGGAGGUAGUGACCAGCCUGUCCAAGUGUUACUCGGCCCUGCUGGACUCGAUGAAUGCAGAGAUCCGUAUCCGCUGGCUGCAGCUUGUGGUCCGCAACGACUACUACCCCGACUUGCACAGGGUGCGGCGCUUCCUGGAGAGCCAGAUGUCGCGCAUGUACACCAUCCCGCUGUACGAGGACCUCUGCACCGGCGCCCUCAAGCCCUUCGCCCUGGAGGUCUUCUACCAGACUCAAGGCCGGCUGCACCCCAACCUGCGCAGAACCAUCCAGCAGAUCCUGUCCCAGGGCCUGGGCCCAGGCGUGGAGCCGGUUGCGGAGCCCAGUGCCGAGCGGGACGCGGGCCCGGACACGGACACGCCGGCCCUGCUGCUCGGGGAGGAGGCCCCCGGCAGUGCCAUCUCUCUCAGGGACGUCAACGUGUCUGCCUAG